CUCUGCUCCGCCAGGGGCCGCGCGGAUGUGCUGCAGCCGGGCGCCUUGGCACCUGGCCCGGGCGAGGAGCGCGAGCACCUGGCCCGUAAGGCGGGAGCGGGCGGCGCCGCUCUGCCCUUGCUCGCCUCUCGGCGGCUCUGCAGCGGGCGAGCCCCCGGCCCCGGCAGGAGGAUGGCGCAGGGCAGCAGCAACGCGGACUGGAUGGGCUCCCUCGCCCCCGCCCUCAGCACCUUCCCGCUGGCCCAUCUGGCCAUCCCAGGAUCACAUGAUUCUUUCAGCUACUGGGUGGAUGAGAAAUCUCCUGUGGGACCUGACCAAGCCACAGCAAUCAAACGUUUGGCUAAAAUUUCUUUGGUGAAGAAGCUGAUGAAGAAAUGGUCAGUGACUCAAAACCUAACCUUCAAAGAACAGCUAGAAGGUGGGAUCCGCUACUUUGAUCUGCGUGUAUCUUCCAAACCAGGAGAAGUGGGAGAGGAGAUCUACUUCAUACAUGGCUUGUUUGGCAUCAAAGUAUGGGACGGACUGAUGGAAAUAAACACCUUCCUCACCCAGCAUCCCAAAGAAGUCGUCUUCUUGGAUUUCAAUCACUUCUAUGCCAUGGAAUACCGGCACCACAUAUAUCUGAUUAACAGGAUCCAGGAAGCAUUUGGGUCAACACUUUGCACAAUGGAACAUGUAGAAAAUAUGACCUUGCAGUACCUGUGGGAGAAGAGUCAACAGGUUCUCAUUUUCUACCACUACCCUCUGUAUCAAGAAUAUUCUUUCCUAUGGCCAGGGAAUAAAAUACCAGCACCUUGGGCAAACACAACGAACGUGCACAAGCUAUUACAGUUCUUAGAGACCACUCUUGGGGAGCGGGCUCAACAUGGAACUUUUCAUGUUUCUCAAGCUAUUCUCACACCCAGGGUCAAAACUAUUGCACGGCAUCUAAUCUGUGGCCUCAAAAAUACGCUUGUUCACAGGAACCUGCCUAUGAUUUUGAACUGGAUAAAGACACAGAAACCAGGUAUUAUGGGUGUGAACAUAAUUACAUCGGACUUUGUGGAGCUGGUUGACUUUGCCGCAACGGUUAUUGCAUUAAACAACCUCCUUUUAGAAGGGCACUGAGUUGUAACUAAAUCUUGACUGCGCUCUCACUCUAAUCAGUAGAUUUAGAGUCUUUUAUCUAUGUCAACAACUUUCAGUGUAAAUAUCAAUUUAGGUGUUUUUGAGGAAAAUGUGCUGAAAAUCAUCCACAUCAGGAUCCACUCCCUCCAUUGAUGCCUGGAUUUGAUCUGCACACUAAGCGAUAUCUGAGUGCUGCUGCAUGGCUCUUUGUGACUACCCAUCUGACUCUGUUGUGCACCCAUCUGCUGCAAUACAGCAAGCUGUUGUCUGCCUACAAGUAGGAGGCCAGACACUACAACAGACAUAACCAAUUAGCAGCAUUGUCUCCGCAGCAACUGGAUUCACUGUGGAAUUACAUCCUGUGUGUUAACCUAAGUAUCAGGUUAAAAAUCAGUGUUGAUCCCUUGGGAGCAGUUCUA